GUUGUACAUAACUUCAGGGGCCCGGCUGGAAGGGAUAUAAGACUACGACUGCACAGCUUUGCGUUGUCAGACCGUAGAGGAUAUCGUUCGCGGCCAAACUAAAAGGGAAAGAGAACCUUGGCAUCAAGCGAGUCGUGGGCACGUAUCGAAACACGGACCGAGACAUUCGUCUAUAACCGAUAACAGUUUGCACGCGGGUUACACGCGGUUACACGUGGUGUCCCAGUGUCGUUCGUUGCCGAUAAAGAAAUUCCGAUCGGUCGUUUCAUCGCUGCAACACAGAAGAGACGACAACAAUAACAAAGAUCCCCGCGAUUCUUCGAUUCGUUAUUUUCCUUCGAACUGACCCAUCGAUCUAUCUUGGACUACGAGAAGUAGAGAACGCACGAGAUAGAAAAGGCAAGGAAAGAAAAAAAAUAUAUAUAUGUAUAUAUAUGUACAUACAUAUAUGUCGAGAGAGAAAGAGAGAGAGAGCAGUUUGGUCUUUUGUUUUCGUUUCGUUACAUCGUCGGUUAGUCGGACGAAUCUAGUCGCAACAGGUUUUCUUGUUAUUAUUCAAGAACAAUGUCGGGAAUUAUGGAGUUGUAUAAAGAUAUUAUGGAGAAUAAAAGCCAUCCAAUAACGAAAGAUUGGUUUUUGAUAUCAGGACCAGGCCCAGUGACAAUGAUAAUUGUCAGUUAUUUAUAUUUUUCCUUAUCAGCUGGACCAAGAUAUAUGAAGGACAAGAAACCGUACGAGUUAAGAAUUCCCAUGAUUGUUUACAAUUUUAUCCAAGUGCUGUUUAGUAUAUACAUCUUCUACGAAGGAUUGAUGGCUGGAUGGUUAUAUGACUACAAUUAUUAUUGCCAGCCUGUUGAUUAUACGGACAAUCCACUAUCUAGAAGGAUGGCUAAUGCUGUUCAUUUCUAUUUCACGUGCAAAUUGAUAGAAUUAUUGGACACAGUAUUUUUCGUCCUUCGUAAAAAAAAUCGUCAGAUCUCAUCGCUUCACGUAUACCACCAUGCAUUGAUGCCAAUUUGCGGUUGGAUCGGUUGCAGAUUUUUGCCAAAUGGCCAUGGUACAUUAUUGGGUGUCAUCAACGCGUUCAUUCAUAUAAUUAUGUAUAUGUACUAUAUGCUAGCUUCGAUCGGACCACAUAUGAACAAAUAUCUCUGGUGGAAGAAAUAUUUGACGUCAUUGCAAUUAAUUCAGUUCUGUAUUAUUUUUGUCCAUACUUUUCAAAUCUUCUUCAACGGUUGUAAUUACCCAGUAUUUCUUACGUUCUUGCUCAAUUUUAAUUCAUUGGUUUUCAUUUAUUUAUUUGGUUCCUUUUACAUCGAGAAUUAUAUCAAAAAUAAAGAACAGAAGAAAAAUAAGACUGAAAAAAUAACGAAGACUGCGAACAAAAUGGAGUGAAUUGAUACUAUUUAAUGCCAUUUAGUUCUCGUUUAUCAAAAUCCACUUCGUUAUGAAAGAAAUUCAUGUUCGUUAGAUACAUCUAGCCCUCUAGCGAGAAAAACAUACAUUUGAUCGGGUAAUUUAUUACCAAUCGAUCUAUUUCGUUUUCUUAGUUUGAAACGAGAUUCGAUCGUCUGUGAAAUAUGCCGAGUGACAUUUUUACCAAAUUAAUUUAAUUUUUUUAUCUAAAUAUAUUUUUUUACAAUAGUUACACUUAAUUAAUUAUACACUUCUCUUUAAUUGAAUAUAUUUAUAAUAAUAUGUAUAAAUUAUUUUUAAAUUGUAUGACUAAAUAUUGACAAUAUAUAAAAAAAAUUUGAAAUUAUUGUAAAAGAAAAAAAAUUAUAUUGAAAAUUAUAAUUAGAGAUAUAAAAAAAUAUAAAAUCAAUUCUUGAUAACUUACUGGUCGAUAUUAUCGGUAAUAAAGGAAUCGCUCGAUUAUAGGACUUAUCAAUCGAUCUCAUCGAAUUGCUUUAUUUAUUGGUAAGGUAGGACAAGUAUCGUUAUCAUAAAUAAUAAUUUUGGUAUUUGUAAUUUUCAUGACUUUUUAUACCAUAUUUUUUUAUAAAUAAUAUAUUUUAUAAAUACUUAUAUAUAUAUAUCAGAAAUUUAAUAGGGUUUUAAUAAAUUUUUCAUCAAUGAAUCUGAAUAAAGAGAAAUGUGUUUUUAAUAUAUUUCUAUUAUGUCUAAAUAAAAAGAGGUUUUAAUAUUUUUAUUUUCAAAUAUUAUUUUUCAUUAUAAUAGAUUAUUUUAAUAAGAUAAUUUAAAAUAUUUACAACAAAAUACAAUAAAGUAUAACACAUUAUACAUAAUUGAUAAUCACAAAAGAGAAUUAUGAAAACAUUAACAAAAUGUUUAAUAUUGCUAAAAUAAUAUUCUAAAAUAAUCUUUAAAUUUUAUUAAAUUAAAAGAAAUUUAAAUGCACCAUUAACCUGUACAUAUAUAAAUAUGGCAAUAAUUAUACAAUAAAAGAACUUAUAUUCUUAGAUAAAAA